AUGAGCUUAAAGCUGCGUACAGAUGCAUGUGAAUGUUGUAUCACCCUAACAAACAUCAAGAUCCCGCGAAAAAGAAAGUACGGUAAGUUUAAAAAAGCUUAGGCCCUGUUCGCACUAAGCAAAGUUUUGUUUGUUUUGCCAAAAAAAUCUGUCAACAGGGAGCCAUUUCUAGUGCGAACGACUUUUUUCACCUUCCAAAAUUUUCUCAACUGUCACCAUGCAAAGUUCAAAGAUGCCGUCGGCGAGAAGAUUUGGAGGCCUACAAUUUCUUCAGGGGCACGCAACGUCAAUUUUCGGAAAAUAUCUGUUCGGAAGACGAUUUGAGAUCUCGAAUUUUCGAAACAUUUGUUGUAAAAUUUCUUGCUUGUCUGCCUCUCCUAGGAUUUUCGAACAUCUAAAAAAUGGUAUAAUUGCCCAUCUCAGAUUUUUACCCUGAAAAGGUCACCCAGAAUUUUCGGGAGCGUUUUUUCUGGCUGAAAUUUUCGAAAAGGUAAGCUAGGAAAUCCGAACAGACAAAAAAUCUUUAGGGGAUAAAAUAUGUCUAUAUCUACUGUUUAAACACUAAAAUACGUUUAACAAUGGCAUGUUUAAGUGGUUUUGAACUAUAUUCUCGCUGGGUGCCCCUGUUUCUUGUCAGGCGACAAACUCUCUGUUCCUUAACAGUAUCCUUCACCAUGUUGUCAACAAGUUCCUUUGACCCAAACUUUAACGACACACGCAGCCGUUUCCUUAAAGCGUUGUUAACAUGACCUGCUCCUCCAAGGAAUUUUGCCAAAAAACGUGUUUUCAAGCCAGUCGAGUCAUUUGCUGUUUUUGGGAAAGCUUUUAGGAUUGCCGCUCAGGGGUGAAUGGGUUAAUACCACCCGAGUUCCAUGGCUUCUGGCUGGUCGCAUGAAGGAUUCUUUCACAUUAAGUUUACAUUAAAAAUCAUGCCAUUACCGCAGCUUGAUCCUCAUAGUAGCUAGUAAUUACUGCCUUUUCAUAAAAAUGAUAGUAUAAACAACAGUUUGUUUGCACUUGUUUUGACAGAUUGAUGUAGAGUUAUUCAGUGAAAUUCAAAAGGCUUAUGAAGGUAUGGUACACAUGUAUUAGCACCGGUCAUCGAUUAAGUACUGCACCAAUGCAAUCAAAUGUUUCUGUUAGUUAUACCGGUAACUUAAAAGAAACAGUUCUUUCCAAUUAUUAAAUAAAUGUCAUCUUCUAAUGAGCACCACACUGAAUAAACACCACAUUUAAAUAGACAUUUACCAGACCAGAUGGUAAAUGCAGUUAAUGGAACAUGAAGCCCAAGGAGGGAUAGGCUAAGGUAGCCUGCCCCGAUGCAUGCUAGUUUGUAUCUUUAAAGCUUUACUUAUAAAUGAAGUGCGCUAUUCUUUAAGUUGUAAACAAAAGCUGUUCAUGGCUGGAACCUUACUAAUAUGUCGAAUGUUUGUCAUUGUAUGUUUCUUCGCAUUGCGCAGAUUGGUCCCUGUUUUCAAGGCCGUGUUCAAGGCUAGACUUUUAUCAUGAUAAGACUGUUGAAUGGACUCUAAAGACUCUAGUUAUAUGAAGAGUCGUCCCUUUGUUUGCUAAUAAGCUUGUUAUUGUUCAUGAUGAGCAGUCUUGUUAAUUAGGUUAAGUCCAUUCAAUGAAAAGCACAUGGUUUUGUUCUUUGCUUAGUUUUCUCUUCGACUGCCAUUGUUCUAUUCAUUCAUUUUUCAAUGUAAUUCUCUAUGGUUCUAAGCAGUGCAAAUGAUUCAAGUUAUCUCUGCCUACUUUCUUUGAUUACGACUUGUGUCUUCGUGAAAAAGACUAGGUAGCUUAUAUUACAACUGUAUCUAUUUGUCGAGAAUUGAGACACUGUCUGGCUAUAAAGGUUCUGCUGUUUUACACCUAGUCAUUAUUCGGCUAGCUAGCACCAAAGCAAACAGUUACAGUAAUUUUGUUACCCAUAGUUUCACUGAUUAUACAACAAGAAGAGCUAAUGAAAUGGCAUCCAAGUGGAGUUACAGGAACCAGAAUUCAAGUGAUCAGGUUAAAUUUGAAAUUGUGAUCAAAGGAAAGGAAAUUUAGUUCUAGUUGGUGAGGAAUUACAGCUCUCUGAGUUUGAGUUAACCAAGUAAAAAUGACUGAAAAGUGGAGUGAAAUCCAAGGGAAAUAGGACUUAGUUUGAGUUAGCGGGGAGUUCGAGUUGUCCAAGUUUGUGUUAUCGGCGUUCCACUGUACAUGUUUAUUGCAUCUGUGCCCUGCAAACAGUGGUUUCUCCAGGCUGGUUGCUAUGAUACGAAGGGAGAGAAACCACUCGAGGAACCGUUUGCGUUUCCAUUGAGCAUGGGCGUCCACGUGAUGCCUACAUCAAAUGGCAUCACUUCCUCUUUUUUCGCAGGAAAAAUUAGGGACUUAAAUAUCCAACAACAAGAUGGCAACGAGAACAUCAAUGAAACAAUAGGUUUGAUAAGCAAAACAACAACUUUGUACGUGUAUCACGCUUUUUUGUGCAUUUUUUGGCCAAUUUUGUAUGAAAAUGUCUAAUUGCGCAUUUUAUGGAUGGCGUAAACAAGCAACAGUGAAAUUUCAUUUCACUUCGGACAGUCCUGAACUUGGAUAUGAUGCCUUGGAAUUUAACUUCAGUUGUCUUUGCGUACAUUUGACAAAGUAAGUAGGAAUGAAUAAUCCCACUAAAAUACUGAAUUGACAGAGCGCAAAUUCACAGCAGGCUCUUAUUAAGGCAACAGUUUUAAGCAUGAGCAAAUGCGCAAGAGUUAACUUGUUUUUAAACAGGUUUUACUUGUUUAAAGUUAACUUAUUCAUACAUGGGGCUGGACGGCGGCUCUAUCAAAGAAGCAGACAGUUGCUCACAGUGGUUUCUCUCCCUUCGUAGUGUAGCAUACAGCCUGGAGAAACCACUACUCACAGGGUAUUGCAUGUGUCAAGAAACAUAAUUUGCAGAAGUUUUGAAAGCAAAGGUUAGGAGGUAUUAUUGGUUAAUAUGGUAUUUAAAAUUUAGCUUCCCUUAUUACUCUUGCUGCUAUGCCAAAGCCAACUUUCUUGUUGAUACAUUUGAAAUACAUGUAGUAAAAUUAAUUUUUGAACAUUUUCGUUCUUGAUUUGAUUUCAGGCAACAUUUGAAGCUGGAAAUGGCCCCACUCUAAUUCCGUGAGCAUUCUCAAACCUUACAGGGACAAGGUAGUCUAUUUUAUCUUUACUGUAAACAAUUUGUGGGUCUAUUUACAUAGAGGGAGGAACAUUCUAGUACCAGGAAGAUCUUGAAAGUGAUCAUCCUAUCGCCUCUUGUUUUCUGUAUUCGGUUUACAUGCAAAGGGUUGUACUUUUUCCUAGUGCUAGGAUCUUCUUUGUACUAGGAUCUUCUUAGCUGAGAGAUAGACAGAUGCUGGCUUCAUGUGAACUUUCUUUGUUAGGAAGAUCCUAGUACUAGGGACAAACCAGACAAAAGUGGCAAGGUGCUGUUCAGUGGCUAAUCAUAGCAAUAAAGGCUGAUCAUUUUGUUUGGCGUUACCACAAGCUGAUUAUUGUGAUAAUUCUGCUGAAAUGUAGUUAUUAACACCAGACGAGUAAAGAGAGCUGAAGGACCCGAAUUGCAUUUUUGGUUUUGUGGCUCCUCCUCAAACCUUUUCUACUUGGGCACCACAUGGACUGAAAUUUCUGCAGGUAAACCCAACAUAAAGUUGUUCCGCCUUCUGGGGUCUUCCUACUUCCAUGAAAAUGGUUAUUCCUGUCUUAGGUCAAUUCUGUGCAGAAGUCAUUACCUAGCUCCUUUUAAUACCCGUACACAAAAAUUAAUGCUCUUGUAGAGUUGGGAAAUGAAACAAAUUUUAUCUGGGGCACUAACCAUUAUUUUCUUUUUUUAGUGGGGGGGGGUUGAUUUUUGUAGACAUAGUAUUAAACCUGAAAAAGUUGGGCUAACUUUUUCCACAUUUUAAUCUUUAUGCACCCAUCCCAUUGACACAGUUUCAGUGCCUAAAUAUAGUGUUAAAUAACUGAACUGUACCAUUAUUUUUGGAAUUCAAUGAUGCAAAGACACUUUUUAGCUUUAUAAAAAGAUAGUAAAAGGAGGUUAAAUGGUGCCUUUAAUCGCUUAAUUUAUAAUUGCCACUGUGCAAUUUAUUGUGUGACAAAUCCUUUCUUAGCCCUGCAUAGUUGCUGCGUUGGAGGAAUUGCGAUCGGAAGUCAUGGAAAUGGGAUGUCUGUGGGAUUGAAUGGCAGUAAGUGUACAUAUAUUUAAAUAAUAUUAUGAUAACAUUUGCUGUGUAAAAUCUUGAAAUCAAGCUACAAGUAGUUUGUGACUCAUUUUCCUCACAGGGGGUAGAGUGAAAAAAUAUGGAAAUCGAUAGGUGUUUUUUACCUUCAGUAAAAUUUUAAAAACGUCAUGAAAGUUAAAAAAAUGAAAGAUGAUAAAAUUGUCAACAAUAAAAAUAAUUUUUGUAGUUUGUUAUUAUUAUAUGUGACUGCAUGCGAGAAGUGUGCCCCUGUAAAAACAGUUGUGACUGUGGUGCCUGCUGCAAUUUCAUUUUUAGUUUUAGAUACUAACAAUAUUUUCUCUUGUUACUUCAAUCAGUGCUUCCUCGGCAACUUGACGGACACACCGUGGGAUACUUAACUUACAAGGAUGGCACUCACUCUUCCAUCAAUGCAACAGUGGUGAGGGAAACAGAACAAAGUUAA